GGGGCGGGGGGGCCGCGCCGCGCGAGCCGUUGGGCCUGGCUCCGCGAAGGCGUUGCCACCACUGCCGCCGCCGCCGCCGCCUCCAGGAAACGUAAGGAGCGGGAUCAAGCGCAGCGUGGCGAUGGGCAGGAGGAGAGCCCCGCCUGCGAGGCUUGGCGGCUGGCGGUGACAGACUGUGCUCUGUCCAGUGCACCUCCUGCAUGUCCUGCUGCCCUGAGCUGUCCCGAGUGAGGUGACAGCGUGUCACGCUGCCACCAUGAACGAGGUGUCUGUCAUCAAAGAAGGCUGGCUCCAUAAGCGCGGUGAAUAUAUCAAGACCUGGCGGCCCCGGUACUUCCUGCUGAAGAGCGACGGCUCCUUCAUUGGCUAUAAGGAGCGGCCUGAGGCCCCCGACCAGACCCUGCCCCCCUUAAACAACUUCUCUGUCGCAGAAUGCCAGCUGAUGAAGACCGAGAGACCUCGACCGAAUACCUUCGUCAUUCGCUGUCUGCAGUGGACCACAGUCAUCGAGAGGACUUUCCAUGUCGACUCCCCGGACGAGAGGGAGGAGUGGAUGCGGGCCAUCCAGAUGGUUGCCAACAGCCUCAAGCAGCGGGGCCCGGGGGAGGACCCCAUGGACUACAAGUGCGGCUCCCCCAGCGACUCGUCUGCGGCCGAGGAGAUGGAGGUGGCAGUUAGCAAGGCGCGGGCCAAGGUGACCAUGAAUGACUUCGACUAUCUCAAACUCCUGGGCAAGGGCACCUUUGGCAAGGUCAUCCUGGUGCGGGAGAAGGCCACCGGCCGCUACUACGCCAUGAAGAUCCUGCGGAAGGAGGUGAUCAUCGCCAAGGAUGAAGUCGCCCACACGGUCACCGAGAGCCGGGUCCUGCAGAACACCAGGCACCCGUUCCUUACCGCGCUGAAGUACGCCUUCCAGACACACGACCGCCUGUGCUUCGUGAUGGAGUAUGCCAACGGUGGCGAGCUGUUCUUCCACCUGUCGCGGGAGCGUGUCUUCACAGAGGAGCGGGCCCGCUUUUACGGCGCAGAGAUCGUCUCAGCCCUGGAGUACCUGCACUCGCGGGACGUGGUGUACCGCGACAUCAAGCUGGAAAACCUCAUGCUGGACAAGGAUGGCCACAUCAAGAUCACCGACUUCGGCCUGUGCAAGGAGGGCAUCAGCGACGGGGCCACCAUGAAGACCUUCUGUGGGACCCCUGAGUACCUGGCGCCCGAGGUGCUGGAGGACAACGACUACGGCCGGGCAGUGGACUGGUGGGGGCUGGGCGUGGUCAUGUACGAGAUGAUGUGCGGCCGCCUGCCCUUCUACAACCAGGAUCACGAGCGCCUCUUCGAGCUCAUCCUCAUGGAGGAGAUCCGCUUCCCGCGCACGCUCAGCCCCGAGGCCAAGUCCCUGCUUGCUGGGCUGCUUAAGAAGGACCCUAAGCAGAGGCUCGGCGGGGGGCCCAGCGAUGCCAAGGAGGUCAUGGAGCACAGGUUCUUCCUCAGUAUCAACUGGCAGGACGUGGUCCAGAAGAAGCUCCUGCCACCCUUCAAGCCUCAGGUCACGUCUGAGGUCGACACAAGGUACUUUGAUGAUGAGUUCACCGCCCAGUCCAUCACAGUCACGCCCCCGGACCGCUAUGACAGCCUGGGCUCGCUGGAGCUGGACCAGCGGACGCACUUCCCCCAGUUCUCGUAUUCGGCCAGCAUCCGAGAGUGAGCCGCCGCCACGGGACGCACGCAGGCUGCUGCCAUCACCGCCGGGGGCUUUUUUUUUUUUUUUCCAACUUUUUAUUUUGCCUUUUUUGUUUGUGUCCCCAUCCCUCACCUCCUUCCCCCCCCUUUCCAGUUUUUCCCUCAGCCCUCUGCCAAACUCACCUCAGCGGUCCUCGCGGCCCUGCCUCCAGGAUCCCGUCCUGCCCUCACCUUUGUUACAGACCAGGACUCGGGAGCCUCUCCUCUGCCUGCCCAGGACCAGACCUUUGGGCAGUGGGAGAGAUUCCAGUUUUUAAUCAACAUAAAGCCCCCGUGAGGGGCGAAGCGUGGAGCCAUGGAGCCCGCGGGCAGCCCACCUCCGCGCAGCUGCUCCUGUCAGAGGCUGCCUUCCUGGCCCUGUCGUCAGGCUCCGAGUGGCCUGGCGGGGGGCAGUCCGGCCCCCUCCUCCUUUGGGGGCGAAAAAGCAAUAAUGUCCAGGGACCGGGCGUGGGGGAGUAGCACGGACCUGUGAAAGCUGCGUGCAAGAUGGGGGUCCAGGCUCCCUCGCGUGGAUGGGGCCUGCUCUCCCCUCGGGGAACCCAGAGCGGGCACGGCCGCCUGGCCCUGUCUUCCCCGCCCCCUCAGCUGCUCUCCUGACCCUGUGCAUGACGCAGGAGGAACACGAGGUGGGCAAGCCUCCCCACCCGCCAGCCCCGUGCCUUACCAGGGCUUCCUCCCGGCCGGCCUUACCUCCCGCUGGAGCCCGGCCCGACCCCAGCCCCUUCCGAGGACGGGGGUGGGGUCUCCCCCUUCUCUCUGCUUGGGGCGGAGGGGCGCCAGCCUCGGCUGUUACACAUCUCGCACCGAGACAGUAUUGGGCCCGCCCCGCGGACUUGGGUUGAAGAGGGGGUGGAGGUGGGGGUCGGGCACAUGCCGAGGGAGGGGCCCCCUCAAUCUCUCCCCCUCUCCAGGCCCCACGUUCUGCAGCCUUAAGGUGAAUGUGUCAGUGCUGUGGGCACUCCUGUCUGUGCCUCAGACUGUGUGUGUGGGCACCCCUGUGCAUCUGGGGUGCGGGUGCACGUGGGGUGUGUGUGUGUGUGUGUGUGUGUGUGUGUGUGGCGUGAGUGGACUCGGGCCCCGCCCCUGGCUCAAGCACUUCAUCCCCAGGGGGAGGGGCGCUGGCCUAGCAGGGGAGCCACGCCUGCGGUCCACUUGUUGCCCUGCCCCCCUGCCCCCCAACAUCUCUGGGUGUUUGGACUUUAGAUUUUGUGGUUUUGCUCUCCCCACCCCACCUCCUGUAGGUAGAUCACAGAGAGACAUUCUGGGGUGGGGCGGGGGUGGGUUUGGGUGGGUGGGGUUCUUCUUUCCUGUGUGUGUAUGUCGUUAAUCUGACAAUUCUUCCUCCUCCCCACUGGCCUGUCCCCAUCUCCUCGUAUUUGUACGGUACAAGCAAUAAAGACACUCAUUUCAGAC